CGGUCACGCAAAGCCUGAGUUCUCCUGACGGCCAUACUAUCGGCAUAGUGAAGGUUGCUUUUACUGUCUCGACAAACACGCUGGUUAUCGAAUAGUUCUCUGGUGCACCAUCGUGCCCUCCAAGCAACAACUCAUUUCAAGAUUCUUUCCCCGUCUCGUUCGUCAAGUCCUCCGCGGAAAGAGACCCAUAUGCAACCACCCGUGGAGUUACCUGCGAAAGUCGAACCCUUGGAAGGCCAGCCUACGGCUGUCCCCGCCCUAACUCCAAGGCGGAAGUCAACCGAGCGGCAUAUAACCAAUGAAUUAAUCAUCCGACAGCAACCCAACCGGGCUCGCAUGUGCGGCUUUGGGACGAAGGACUACCGGCCAGUAGAUCCAGCGCCCAUAUUGCAACUAGUCAGAAGAGACGGGGACCAUGCCGUCCUGAAUUAUAAGCAAGCAACAUCGCUCGUGUGCCACGCCGCGUUGUGGUCGGCCGACGGAACGGAAGAGAGGAGUGUCGUCCUGAAUCCAGGAUCAGUUGCGGUCGCCAAAAAGUCCGACCAGUCUCAAAAUGCGGAUCCCGCGAGUGCACAUCCCGCACCCACGGCACCGACAGGAUACGUAUCCGCACUAGUUGGGAGCUUGGUUAGUCCUUGCCAUGUUCUCACCGACAUCGAUGGAACCAGGGCAUUGUUCUUCACUUUCCCGGAUCUAUCUAUACGGACGUCUGGCCAAUAUAUCCUCAAGUUCUCCCUGUAUGACAUGUCGAAGGAUGCCUCACAGGCCAUGGCAUUCGCCGUGUCGGAGGUCAUCUCGGUUUAUCCUCCAAAGACCUUCCCAGGAAUGACAGAAUCAUCACAAUUGGCAAAGUGUCUUGCGCGUCAAGGUAUCAAGCUUCACAUCCGUUCCGACAUGCGACGAGGCCACCACCUUGCUCCCGUCGGUCCAGGGGAGGUAAACGACCCAGACACGGAAGAGUAUCUCGACGGCGACGCAUAGUCUGGAACCCCAGUCGUCGGCAACCCCCACCGCCACAGCAUCGCAUCGUUGCCGACAUUUUCCCAGUUUCAGAUGCGCA